AUGAAGAAACGCACUCCGAAGCAAAUGGAAUACUCUACCGAAAAGGCAGGAACAGAGACAGAGGUAGACACAAUGACCUCAGCUGCAUUUAUACCAUUCUCCUACAGCCCAGCAAACUGUGCUGGACGAGCUCUUGCUAUGGCUGAACUUCGGAUGGUUGUAGCAUUAUUGGUGCAGUGCUUUGAUAUGCACCUUGAAGAAAGUACUAGCAUGGCUGUGCUUGUGUAA